AGCAUAAAGGUGUAGCAAUGAGUUCACCACAAAAACAGAGCAAAAAAAGAAAGAAAAAUGCAUUUGGGGCAACCGCACCACCGUUUAUCGACUACUUGAAGGAGAUUCUCAGGCGCUACCCUGACGGAGGACAGAUACUGAAGGAGCUGAUACAGAACGCAGAUGAUGCAGGAGCCUCAGAGACCGUAUUCAUCCACGAUGAGAGAACGUACGGUACACACAGCGUGUGGAGUGAGGCACUCGGAAAAUAUCAAGGACCUGCUUUCUAUGCCUUUAAUAAUGCGGCCUUCACUAAGGACGACUGGGAAGGGAUUCAGCGAGCGGGACGGAGCAUCAAGCAUGACGAUCCCACCAAAGUGGGCAGAUUUGGAAUCGGUUUUAAUUCUGUUUACCAUCUUACAGAUUUGCCAUGUGUGUUCAGUUCUAAACACCUUGCUGUUUUCGACCCUCAAAAGCUGAUGUUUGAUGAUGACCGGGAGGGCUACCAGUGGUCACUGGAUGAUGCAGGGGACACAAAAGACCUGCUGGAAUUCACAGAUCAAUUUAAGCCUUUUCAAGAUAUUGUUGAACUGCUUAAAAAGUCUGACUGGAAAAAGAUCCUUAAUGAGAAGAACUUUGAAGGGACGCUGUUCCGAUUCCCUCUUCGUAAUGUAGCCUCAGAGAUUUCUGAUAAUUUGUAUGACUCCAGGAAGGUUACCCAGCUCUUCGACAGCUUCAUUCCAGAUGCCGACAUUAGCCUUCUGUUUCUAAGAUCAGUGAGGUCCAUUUGUUUGAUGCAUAUUGAUUCAAGCGGCGCUGUUAGCAUAAGGUUGAAAGUUUCUGCAUCUUCUCCUUCAAGGCCUCUUGAGGAACCAGAUGUUAAUAAUAACCAAAGAAAAUGUUUACAAGGCAAAACCAGCUUCAAAACCAUAUCCUGCCAGUCACCAGGUAAGAAGGAAACAACGACCAAGUGGCUUGUGACAGCUUCUAAAUUAAUAGAAGGGCGUGUACGUGAGAUUGACACGCUUGCUAGCAAGUUGAGUUUUUACCCUCAGGUCGAUGUAGCUUUUCAAUGUGAUGAAAACAGAAAAUGUGACCCCGGGAGACUGAGCUGCUUUCUGCCUCUUCCAAACAAUGAGACAAAUAGGACCGGACUCCCAGUUAAUAUUAACGCGUGCUUCGGCCUUACGGACAACCGAAGGUACAUCAAGUGGCAGGAGGAGGACCAGAAGAAUGAUGAAUCUGCGCAGUGGAACGAGCUGCUAAUAAAGGAGGUUCUUCCUCAUGUAUAUCUCAUGAUAAUCCAGGAUGCGAUCAGAUUAUCCAAAAAGUCAGAACUGUCGGCCAGCUCUGUGUACAAUAUUUGGCCUGACCUGAGCAAGACUGAACACGGACCCAGAUGGCAUAAAGUCGCAGUGGAUGUUUUAAAACAAUUAUUUCAACAUCAGGAAAUCUUUUCGCUUGCUAUAAAUGAGAAAAGAUGGGUGGCUGCUUCUAAUGCUGUUUUUCCAGCCGGCACAGAUACACAGCCAGCAGUUGUUCGGUUGUUGAUUAAGGAGGGAGAAAAUCUCGUCACAAUUCCACAACAUGUACUGACCGCCAUAAAAAGAACCUUUCCAAAUCCAGAUACUCUGAAACGGGUGACACCAAGUUUUGUUAGAUCUGUUCUCCAAAGAAUUGCUAUUGAAGUCAUCUGUAGGGAGGACAAACUGUCUCUCUUGGAGUUCGUGCUCAGUGAUGGAAAGUAUGAAGAUCUGCGUGGUCUAAAGCUUCUGCCACUUAGUGAUGGAACUUUCAGGUCCUUUACAAACAAGGAGGAGGACACUGCUUUGAUUGACAGUGAUGAGUUUUCACGUGAGUUGCUGCCUUUUUGCAAGGAAAAAUUUCUGCCUGCUGAUCUGAACAAAACUACAGUCCAUCACCUGGGACGAAUGGCUCAAACAAAUGCAAACUUGUACAAAGUGAUUCAUUUACAUGCAGCGAAUGUUGCUGCGUUCGCCAGGAAGAACUUGCCAACAGACUGGAAAGAUGCACAAGAUCAUGUGAAGUGGAAUUCUGCUAAAGCUGACCAUCCACCAAAGCCAUGGCUAAAAGAAUUCUGGAAAUUUCUCAACAUUCACUGGGGUGAACUCAGGGAAUUCAUGGGCAUGCCCUUAAUACCUCUGGAACCACUUAAUCAAACGAGCAAUUCUGUAACGUUAGCAAGAUUAGAGAGGAAUCCAACUUUAAUCUUUCAGAGCAGCAGAGAGUCCAGCUUGUCGGAUCAAAUUCAGAAAGUGCUGAAGCUGGUGGGAGGUACAGUCAUCAAGAAAGAUGAUUGUCUGAAGCAUCAUGACAUUGAAAGUUAUGUCCUGACACCAUCACCAAAGAACGUCCUGCAAGUUCUUUUGAAUUGCAGACGAGACCGUGUCAUUAAUGGCUUCUCAUCUGCUUCAGUUCAUGAAAAGGAAGAGUUUAAGACGUACAUCUCCUUUAUAGAUAAUCUUUCUGAUGCUGAGCAAAAUUUGCUAUCAACCCUACCUUUAUUUAGACUGAUGUCUGGAAAAUACGUGGCCAUUCAGUCAAAACAGGCCGUUAUUUUGAAGUCCAACCCAACAAUUCCAGAGGAUUUACCAGUGCCUGACACCAACGUGCAGUGUGCAAAUGAAGCCGACAGACGACUUCUGACUCUACUGAGGGUUAAACUACUGGAUGCUGCUAAGUUGGCCAUUCACUUGGUAGACUGCAUCGAGGCAAGUCAAUUCAACAAAGAGGAGGAACAGAAAAUCAUGACUUGGAUAUUAAAUAAUGGAAACCUCCUGUUCUCUCAAAGCGCAGACUUGCUCAACAAAUGCAAGAAUCUCCAUUUCAUUUGGACAGUGGAAGGCGAACGCAAACAGCCAUCAGGUGUCUUUGAUCCCACAAAGAAAGUCUUUUUGGAUCUUUUUGAGGAGAAUUUCUUCCCACCACACGUGUUCAGGGCACCUGUAAUGCUAAAUAGCUUAAAACAACUCGGACUGAAUACAAAAGAAUCAGACAUAUCUUCAGAGAAUGUCCUUCACGUUGCCUCACAAAUUCAAAAGCUCCACAUUUACUCAGGGAAUAAGGCAUUUAAAAAGGCAGACGUGCUUGUAAAGGUUUUGAAAAAUAACGACUUGCUGUCAAAAUUCUCUAAGGAACAGAGACAAAAGCUUCUUCAGUUGCAGUGGGUGCCUUGUAGAAAUCCAAGUGCAGUGACAUAUCAGAGGGGCCUCUACAAACCAACUGAAAUACGGGCUUCAAAAUAUUCUGAAAUUGUGGGACACGUCAUGCCGGUUACUUCAGACCUGAGUGAGAGUAUCUGUCAAAAACUUGAUCUUUUUAAGCCUCCCCCAGCUGAAAAAGUCCUGGAGAACCUGUCAGUACUGAGAUCGAUGACAUUUGGUAUGAUCAACCCAGAUUCUAAUUUUGAAUUCAAAAACAAACUGCACAAAACUUAUGAAUUCAUGCAGGAGAACAUUGACAAUUUCAGGGAACAGAUGAACCAGAAAUGCAUCCCUUGGCUCUGGAGUCAGACUGAGUUUGUUUUACUUCGGGAUGUGGUGCUGAAAUAUCCAGAUGAACUGGAGCUCAGCUUUUACAUCAAAAAAGUGCCUGACGAAUUUCUCAAAUAUGCCAACCUGCUGAGAGAGUUUGGUGUAAAGAACACACUUUCAGAUGAGGAGAUUAAAGAUAUACUUCACGACAUAAAGCAAAGCAUUGAUGAUAGAGAGCCACCUUAUGGAAACCCUUUAGAACUUAAAGCAGUAAUAGCUGUUCUUGACUGGAUGCGGAAAAAUGAAAAGCCUCUGAAGGACAGUACGCCUGUACCUGUCAGAGAACAAGGCCACCACUUUACCCUACAACCUUUGAAGGACACAGUUUUCUGUGAUAUCAGUGAAGAGGGGUUAGAUGACCUGAGACAUGACCAGGAGAAGAUACAUGUCAUUCACGAGGAGGUACUACCUGUUACUGCUAAAUGGAUGAAAAUCCCUUUUCUAAGCACCCGCCUCCUAAAACCACAGUUAAUAGGAGAAGAAGAAGAAGAAAAGUGUGAAGGAAUUGAGCAGUGGGGUCAAGCAGAGCCAAUCACCCAGAGAAUCAAAAAUAUACUCAAAGAGUAUGAUGAAGAAACUGACAUCUUUAAAGAGCUUAUACAAAAUGCUGAAGAUGCGGGGGCAAGUACUUGUGGAUUCCUACUAGACUUUAGGACACAUCGUUCUAAACACCUUAUUGAUGAUGGAAUGGCUUUAUGUAACGGACCCUGUCUUUGGGCCUUCAACAAUGAGCUCUUCUCAGACGAAGACUGGAAAAACAUCGUUCGAGUAGGAGCCGCCUCGAAAGAAAACAAACUUGAGAAAAUUGGAAAGUUUGGACUGGGCUUUAAUGCCGUUUACCAUCUGACAGACAUUCCAUCUAUUCUGAGCGGGAAAACUCUUCUUAUUCUCGAUCCUAAUGUCACUCACCUGGAAAAGCACAUACGAAGCAAAGCAAAUCCUGGAAUUAAACUCGACUUGUUCCGAGAGCGACUCUUUCGGCGGUUUCCUGGACAGUUCGAAUCUUAUCAAGGAAUUUUCGAUUGUGAUCUGUCAAAACCCAACCAGAAGUUUUACGAAGGUACGCUGAUUAAAUUGCCAUUUCGCACUGUCGAGGAAGCCAGCAAGUCAGAGGUCAGCUCCAAGGUGUAUGACAAUGAGCGUAUGAAUGCUUUUCGACAGUACUUAGCAAAUGACUCCCAAGCUCCCCUGCUGUUUCUUAAGCACGUAAAAUCGAUGUGUCUUCAAUUAAUUCCUGCUGAUGCUUCCACACCUCCAGCAAAGGACCAAAUCAAAACCGUUUUCAAAAUCUCCAGAGAGGUCGUAUGUUCACAAAAGAUUUCAAAUGAAACACACCUCCAAGACAUCAGAGGCACUUUGGAAAUCCUUGACUCGAAUUGCCAUGGAAUUGUUGACAGUUUUGAAGCACACAUUGAUGAAGUGGGAUAUGAGUGUGAUGGGAGAUCUAACAAGCAGUGCUGGCUUCUUUAUUCAUGUUUUGGGACAAAGGAUUCUCUACGGAUGUUUCUGAGAGAAUUUCAACAGUGCAGCUUUUCCUUGCCGAUCGGAGGAGUUGCUGUUCCUCUACAAAGAGAACCAAAAAAUGUGUGGUCUCCUGAUGAAAACUGUCCAGUUGGUCAGGCCUUUUGUUUUCUUCCUCUUCCAAUUGAUACAGGCCUUCCAGUUCAUAUCAAUGGUUCUUUUGCGGUCACUUCAAACAGAAAGGCUCUUUGGGAAAGUGGUACCAAACUGGAGUGGAACAAAGCUUUACUCCAGGACGCUGUUACCAGUGCGUACAUCACCACACUGCUUGAGUUGAAGAAAAUGGCCCAGAAUGGAAACCUCCAAAAAUACGACUACUACACAUUCUGGCCUGAUGUUGACAAAGUAAAUAAAGCAUUUCAACCAUUGGUUGAUGCUUUUUACUCAGCCGUUGUUCAGAGCACAGGCGCCAGAUCCCAGGAACUCUUCAGUAAUGGACAAAUCUGGUGCUCAUUUGAAAAGGCAAGAUUUCUUGAUCCAAAAAUUCAAGAAAAUAAAACAGUGGGAAAACUUGCCAUGGACGUCUUUCUGAAAUAUUCAGAGAAAAGCUACUGUGCCAUCCCUUUGCCAUUGUGGGUAAGACACAAUUUAACGAAAUGUUUCAGUGGGAUGGUAAAAGAGAAAACAUUUCACUGGGUUGACUUUUAUCAAAUAGUUUUACAGAACUUGAACGAAUUGGAUCCACAAUGCAGGAAUCUGCUAAUAUUGAAUGCAGUUGACUUGAACGACAAGAAGGUUGAUGACCUGCUGACAAAUCAUCCAUGCAUUCCAACACAGAAGACUGGAAAACUGCAGUUCAUCAACAGACUGGUGCAUCCUCAAGGGAAAGUGGCUUGCUUGUAUGACCCAGAUGAAGGGCGCUUUCUGGACAGCACCAAACAGGAGUACUUCACUCCAAAACGGGUUCAACGACUGUCAGACUUGGGAAUGAUAUGUGACAAUCUCAGUUUAGAGGAAAUCAUAGGAAGAGCAGAGAGAAUCUCCAGAGUUUGGGAAAAGGACACAGUCAGGGCAUAUAAAUGUCUCAAGUGCCUCUUUGACUCCAUGAAGCAACACUUACAAGUCAGUUCUUCGCACUGGCAAACCCUAACACACAUAUCAUUCCUCCCUGCUCAAGGGCCUGAUCAGCACAACAGCACCCUUAAAAAGCCCUGUGAUGUGUACAGUCACCAGUGCUACAACUUAGUAAACUUGACAAAAUUCACAGUUGAUCUAAAGCUGGGCUAUUGGCCAGAUGUUUUUGCAAAAUUGGGAGUGAAUUUUGACCCCUCAAUUGAGACAGUGCUUCAACAGCUGAAUGAGGCACAUAAUCAUUCUAAUGAUUUAGAAAAAUCCGUGCUCCUUGACAUUGCCAAAAGCUGUUACGACUAUCUGAACACACAUUUACUUAAAGAUGGGGAUCCUGCUGAUAUAAUUAACCAUGCACAGUCAAUGCCAUUUGUUUUUAUUGAGGACCGCUUUGUGCAUGUAAAGUCCAUUGCUUUAAAUGAGGAAUUUGAGGAAAAACCAUUCCUUUACAUUCUUCCGGCCACCUUCUCCAAAUAUGGGAAUCUCUGGUCAUGUGUUGACAUCAAAAGCCAAUUCACAGCGGAGCAGUUUGUUGAUGUACUUGAGCAAAUGCGUACUCUUCCUGGGCCGCUUUCAGAAGCAAACAUUAUGAUAUGUAUUUCUAUAAUCACAAAAGGACUGUAUCAUGCAACAAAGGGGGAGGUUACACACUGCCUCCUACCUGAUGAAAAAGGUGUUUUGACACAUUCAAGCAAGCUCAACUACAAUGACAGUCCUUGGAUGCCGGUUCAAGCUGGGGUGACACUCUGCCAUAAACUCAUUCCUCGAGCUGUGGCAUGUCAAUUUGGAGUAACAACAACUAGACACCACACACUGAACAAUCAUUUAGUUAGUGGGUUUUCUUUUGCUAAAGAGUUUGGACAGCAUGAGAAACUGACCGUUAGAAUAAAAAACAUCAUUGAAGCAUAUCCGGCCAAGAAAGACAUCCUGAAAGAACUUAUACAGAAUGCUGAUGAUGCAGAAGCAACAGAAAUUCAUUUUGUAUGGGACAAGCGAAAGCAUAAGACUACAAAAAUAUUUGGAGAGAAAUGGGAGCUGCUUCAGGGACCAGCACUUUGUGUUUACAACAACAAGCCGUUCUCCAAUGAGGAUCUGAAAGGCAUUCAGCAGUUAGGAGAAGGAGGAAAACGUGGUACUUUGGGAAAAACUGGAAAAUAUGGACUUGGAUUUAAUUCUGUUUACCAGCUGACUGAUUGUCCAUCCAUAUUAUCUGGUGAUGAAAAUCUCUGCAUAUCAGAUCCUAACCUACAGUACGUGGAAGGUGGUACAAAAGAGUCACCAGGCUGCUUGUAUUCAAUGGAUACAAAUUUCAAAGAGUCAUUUCAGGAUGUUUACAAUACCUUUCUUCCUGACAAGUUCGAGCUUAAUAUUGGAACCAUGUUCAGGCUUCCUCUUAGAACAGAAGAAAUGGCAACAAAAUCAGAGAUAUGUAUAAAUGCCGUUACUGAUUACGAGAUGAAUGAACUUUUCCAGGCUUUAAAAGCAGAUCCAGAAGAACUCAUUCUCUUCCUAAAACACAUCACAAAAAUACACUUCUGUGAGAUCAACAAAAAUGGAAGUAAAGAAAAGAAAUUUCUUAUUGAGAAAAAAAUAACAGAGGAUACCAAGGAAGAAACUGAAAGUUUUCACAACCACGUUCUCAAUUCCUUAAAUCAUGGGACUGUUACUCCACGUCAAAUGAUCUACAAGACUCAGAUCAUCGCUGGUAAAAUUGAAAGCUCUUGGAUUAUUGCAAAGCAAUUUGGCUCCUUUAUGCAAAACCAAGACAAAAGAGAAGACUGCGACAAAGUACCUCAGGCAGCUGUGGCAGCUUGUGUCAAAAAACCACCAGAAAAGGAAUUCAAAGGAGGAGUUUUUUGCUCUCUACCACUGCCAAUCAAAACUGGUCUUCCUGUCCAUGUAAAUGGAAACUUUGAAGUGGAUUUUUCCAGAAGAGAUCUAUGGAAAGAAGAUGGUGAGAGUCUGAAGACUAAAUGGAAUCAGUUACUGAGCAAUCACACCAUUGCGCCUCUGUAUGCUGACCUUCUAACAUACAUCUGUACAAAGUUUAAAAAGGGAAACCCCACCAAGUUAAGUUUUCUCAAAUCGCAUAUAGACUUUUGUUUGAAGUACUUUCCAUGUGUCUCACAAGAUGUUGCACAAGUUUGGCAUGAGGUGAUCAAUGAAGUCUACAGGUCAAUCAAUCAACGUGAUCUUCGUGUGAUACCAACCCUAAAAAGUGUUCCUAAUGAAUCUUCACACCUCUCUGAUCCAAAUUACACAGUUAUCUGGUCCAGUGUCUUAAAGCCAGAUUCAACAGAAUCACCUCAUUUUAUGGAUGACAGCCAUGAUGACAUUCUCCACAUUUUAGAGCAUGUUGGAAUGAUUUUGGUUCCAUGCUCUUGGAGAAUGGAGAAGAUCAAAAGAAGUUUUAAGAAUGCAGGUGUAAAGGUAGCUGAAAUAAGUCCUUUAUCAGUCAUCAACUUUUUGAAGACGAAAAGAAUGAAUGAUCCAUCACAAACUGCUUCUGAUUUACCUUUAGCCAUCAGUCAGACUUUGAUAAAGGAUUCAAAAAGCUGCUCUAAGCUACUGACAUUCUGUCUAAGAAAAGAUGUUCGACAGUCAACCAAGGAGAAUAAGAAAUCUAGCUGUGUUGACAUCAAUGGGUUGCCUCUUCUUCUCACUCAGGAUCAAAUGCUACGAAAAUUUAACUCUGACUCUCCAAAGCUAGUAUCACGAUUUGCACACAUUUUCCUAGAACAUCAAUCUGAAUUUGUGGAUCUCUCUGUUAUUAAAGCAUGCAUCACAAUUCUUGAAAAGGGAAAAUAUAUUCAAAAAUUGACUAUCCCGCUGGCAGCAAAGUUCAUCGAACCAGUAAUCAAGCAACAGCUUCAGCACUCACUGCAAAAUAAAAGAAAUGGACUUUAUACAGCCGAGGAAAAAACCAUGUCAUCACUGAAAGAACUUUGGACAUUCUUUGAGGAAGAAACGAAACAAGUUGAGACAGGGGAAGAGGUAAAGGAAGAGAAAAAUCAAGCCUUUAAUGACGUAAAAGAACACUUCUCUGACAUUCCCAUUUUACCUGUCAUAAGUCAAGAUGGCACAAAAUUCUUGCAAACACUUGGGAAGCUACACAGUGUGGUUUCUGAUCCCAAAGAUAACAUCUCUUCAGUUCUCAUUCAACUUGGAUUCAUGACAUUAGACCAAAAAUUUUUUUUAGGGCUGUUACACUUACGGUAUACAUUUGUAAUACCAGAGCUGUUGAACACUAAAGACACCAGUGCUGUCUUGAAGCUUUUGUGUCUGGUUCCCCAUUCACAGUUUGCAGGGCUUUCUGGUGAGAAAACUGAUGAACUACAACACUACUUACAAUCUGGCAUUAGCCAAUCAAAGAACACAACUGAGUAUCAUGAAAUGUUCACGUCUUUGCCCUUGUUUCAAACGAUACAUGGAAAUCGCCAGAGGAUUGCUUUACAUGGAAACGUAUUUGUUCUGAAAACUGAGUCUCAAGAUCGGUUUCCAAGCUUGUACAUAUUUGAUGACAGCAAAGGCAUUUUCCUCAAGCACAGCCAUGUAAAUGAAGGUCUAUCAAAGUGUCUGAGUAUUCCAGUUUUGAGGGAUUUGGAGUAUUGUGUACAAUUCAUGAUUCCUUAUUUACACACAUUCAGUGAGUCAAAGCUUCUUGAUUUGAUAAAGCUUGUUGUGAUACUGAGCCAAAACACUGACUAUAAAAACAGCAAAGACACAAUUGUCUCAGCAUUGAGAAAUGUCCGAUUUAUUCGGGACAUCAAUGGCUGCCCUCAGAUGGCAUCAUACUUCUUUGAUGAUGAUGUACAUCUGUUUAAGGUUAUGCUUAGUGAACAGAAGUUUGUUCCAAAGACGUUUUGGAAAUUAUUUGAUCGUCCUAAAUGGAUGUAUGCAAAAGCCCUUCUAAAGGAUCUAGGACUUAAGCAUGAAGUUUCAGAGAACGAAAUAACUGAAUUUGCUCUUCAAAUUGAAGCUGAUGCUAAAGGUAACACAGACUUGCAAGUUCUUAAAGAUAGAUCCAGAACACUGCUCAAGGAGGCACUUUAUUUGAGUAAUUAUAAAAAAUCAAACUCAGUAUGCAGAAUUGCAUCCAUUAAAUUCAUCUUUCCUGUGCAAAUUAAGGCAGAACUCUGUGAUUAUCACAGACCAUUCGCUCAAGAGAGAAACACUGUUGCAAUCAAAGGAUCCCUGCUUGAUAAAGAUCCUGAUCAUCAGUAUCUCAUAUGGACUGCCAUGCCAGUGCUGCCCACAGAAGAUUUCAAUAAAAAUUAUCUAGACACCUUGAAACAAGCUGGAGCCCUUGAUAAACCACCAUCAGUACAAGUCAUGCAGAACAUUCAAAAUAUCUGCAUAUCUCAGUGCACAGCAGAAAAUCUUUUAGAUACAAGAGCUAAAGUGUUCAGAAGGUCUUAUGCCUACCUACAAUCUGACAAUUUUGACGAGUCCAUGUUGUCCGACCUCCCUCUUGUUCUUGUUGAAAAUGACAAAAGCCUUGUGAAAACUAGCCAAGUGGUUCUGACACUGCCUAAUGCUACUGAGUUCAGGCCUUACUUAUACCCCAUUCAAGGGAAAGAUGCAAUGUACGCCGAAUUCUUCAAGAAGGUUAAUGUUAAAGAGAAGCCCACUGUUACACAGUUCUGUACUGUGCUCCAGGAAAUCCAUACUGAGUGUCAUAAAAAGUCAACAUUUAAUCCAAACCAGCAGACAACCAUUCAACGUGUUGUGCAGCAGCUUUUCCAUCUAAUAAAAGAGGAGCCGAAAAUAAACCAUUUUCAGGAGACCACACUGUAUCUACCAUCGACAGAUGGAAAACUCUACGAGUCCAGCACAUUGUUUUUUAAUGACACCUGUUUUCAGACUAAACGACUGGAGGAUUCACUGAAAUCGAAACUAAAUCUGCUUGAAAAACUAAGCCACUGUCACCUUGAAGAAGAUGCUUACAAACAUCAAAAACUGUUGCAGCUGCUUCCUGAAGAAAAUCGUCCAAAACUGCUCUCUCAGGUCAUUUCUGUGAACCUGACUGAUGAAAAUCCUGAACACUGUGAUGAUGGAAUGUCAUGUGAGUUCAGCGGUUGGUUUCGAAAGCACUUGUCCUCAGAUGCAUUUCAUCAUGGUCUCAUUUGUCUGAUCAGGGACCAAAGCAAGGGCACUGUUUCACAGACUGAUGCUGUACAAAUGUUUGAAAGCACAUUUGGUAAAAUACAGAUUUGCUGUUGCAAGGCUCUCCACACUGAGCUGUUGUUGGAUCAGGUUCACCAGCUUCAAGGUACCAUGACAGAAACACAGGUUUAUGUGAAAAAAUGCCAGGAUCAGUGUCUCUUCUAUCUAAAACACAGUGAGACCCUGGCACACAAAAUAGUGAAUGAGGUCAACAUGAAUCUUACUAAGGAAAUCAAUAGUCUUCUUGGUAACAUCUUAAAUAGUUUAGGGCUGCUUGUACUUGGACAGCUUUUAUUGUGUGAAAACAUGGAGGAUGUUGAUAAGGCCUUGGAAAGUAAUGGAAUCCAUAACACAGUAAAUGAAGUAGGAGGACUUGGUGCUCGUCCAUGCCCUGGAAGUCCUAUACCAGAGGAAUGGUAUGAUUCCCUUAAUAUGGACCCCCUCAACCAUUUUGAAAAAGGCGAGUAUGUUGGCUUCAAUAGAGAUGAAUCAGAAACUGAAUAUUUGUAUGCAAUCAUUGUAGAGCGUUUGGAUGAUCUGUCAGGUCAGACCAGGCGGAACCCUGCAAGGUAUAAAAUUCAGAUUGGAAAUGAUGAGUUUAUUGAGGUUAGUUCUCUUGACCUGUAUCAGUUUAAGAGAGAAAGGUUAUUAUCUCAUGUCAGAAAUUCCACCUGCACAGACAUAGCUAUUUUCUCAGAGUCUGUACCGUCACAGGAGAGACCAAUACCACAAAGCUUGGAAGAGGUUAAACGGGAGAUCGACCAGAGCCUGAUAGAAAUCUGGACCAUGUCAGAAGAAGACAAACAAAAAGCCAUUAGACGCCUUUACCUUAAAUGGCAUCCAGACAAGAACCCAGACAAUGUCAGCCUUGCCACUGAAGCGUUCAAAUACUUGCAAAACAAAAUUAAAGAACUUGAGGGAGGAAAUACAACAGGAAACAGCCAACACAACACAUCACACAACUGGUUUAACUUCAGUGAUUGUUUUAAUAGAUGGAACAAUGAAGCCAGGAGUCAUAGGAGUGGGCGUGAAAGAUUCUAUCAAAACAAUUCAAGACAGGGAUAUAACUUUUGGUCAUACUACAGAGAAACACCAAGGCCAAACAAAGAGGAAGCUAAGCGCUGGUACAGACAAGCACAGUGUGACCUUAGCGCUGCUCAGGGUGGAACUAGACACAACGAGAGCCCUGAGUGGUGUCUCUUUAAAGUGCAUCAGGCAGUGGAAAAAGCCCUGAUAGCCACCAAAUUCAGGAGGGAUGGACAACAUCCUGAGACAGGAUCAUCUAUUACAGUCCUCGCUAAGCAGAUCUCCCACUAUGCACACAACCUCAGAGACGUACCCGUUGUUGUGGACCAGCUGAGGGCUCUUGGUGUCGAUGCCAAGAGGACUCAGUACCCGAACUACCACUCUAAACCUCACAUUCCAAAUGACCAAUUUAAAUCUGAGGAUGCACAACAAGCUGUAAACAUAGCCACAGAACUGCUGAAGAAACUCGACAAAUAUAUUUCUGACUAAUUGUUGGAUCCUAUUCUAAAACAGUGGGCAUUAUUAUGGAUACCCCCCACUCCUUUUUCAAACUUUUGCCACUUUUUUUAUGAUAUAUAUGCGUGAGGUCUAAGUCUAGCAUUAUACCUGUACUGUUUCUGAUUAUGGUGGAGAUUCCUUUGGACUUUAUAUUGUGUCUGCCUACUACAGCUACACCUACAUACUCUUGUUCUUUUGUUAUUUCAUAACAUUGUUCUUUAGUCAAUAAAUGUUGAACAUGUUGAAUCACUUAAA